CUUUCUUUUUUGUAAGAGGGCUGGAGUUCAUGCAGAGAAGACCUUGACACUGUGGACAACAGGGGUCCCCUGACAAUGGGGCCAGCUAGACUGGUUGCAGAACAGCCAUUCCGCAUUAUCAUCGGUACAGGAGGCAGUCUUAGCUCCCAGACGUACAUUCGUCAGGUGGCAGUCUACAUUGCAAACCUGUUCUUGUUAACAUCAGACGGUCACGUAGACAUUGUUGCUGAUACGGAUGUCCAACCAGAAAACAUAGGUUUGCUCAAUGCAAUAAUUCUGGGAAAUUCUACGGAGAAUAUUCAUACUGAAUCCAUUCUUCAACGUGUUCCAAUCAAAAUGUCUUCAGGUAGAAGAAAAUAUUUAAAAAAAUAUGUUUUAUUGAAGGAAUGA